AUGGUUUCAAAGAGAAAGUCAAGAACUUCAAAGACUAUAGAAGAUUCUUGUAUCCAUCUAUGUUCUGUCUUCUUCAGAUUCUUGUACUAUACUCUUCCUGCAUUAUUUCUCUUCUUCUUUCUUCUUUAUCUUUGUUUAUCUUUCACCACCGGAAUCUCCUACAACAACUUCCAUAUGUGUAUCUUCUCUCGAAAGUUCAACGACCCUUAUUGUAACACGGCUGGUUCUAAACCCGGUUUCCAAAUAAUUUCUGAAGAAAAUGUAACUUUCGCCGGAGAGAUCGCAGGAGAUAGAGUUUCUAAGGAUCACAACAAGAUUCUUAAUUCAGUUCCUGUUCAAGAACACAAAACAAAGAACAAGGUUGAUCUCAAUUCACUCAUUGAACUAAAAGCCGAGGAAGAAUACAGCAAAUACAUCAAACCUACGAGUGAAGAUGAGGGAUAUGCGUUAAGGGCAGCCAUCAAGUAUCUUUACCUACAAAGAUCAUGGCUAUCUCCGGGAGAUGAAAACCUCAAUAAACCGCGAUCGUGUGAAGGUAAAGGAGUUUACGUUUAUGAUUUACCGUCAAAAUUCAACAGCGAUUUGUUGGUAGGAUGCAACGAUAUACUUCCAGGGGUUAACUUGUGUAGCUACUUCAAGAAUGAAGGCUUUGGAGAAGCUAUUAAGAAUCUUGGCAAAGGUUGGUUUGCUACACACAUGUAUUCUCUUGAGCCCAUCUUACACUCUAGGGUUUUGAAGCAUCCUUGUAGGGUUUACAACGAGACCCAAGCUAAGCUCUUCUUUGUCCCUUACUAUGGCGGGUAUGAUGUUUUGAGAUGGCACUAUAGGAAUGUUUCUGAAGAUGUGAAGGACCGUUUGGGGAUCGAGGUUUUAAAAUGGCUUAAUUCAAAGGAAUCAUGGAGGAGAAACGCCGGGAAAGAUCAUGUGUUCGUUCUAGGAAAAAUAACUUGGGAUUUUAGGAGAGAUAAGGACCCUUGGGGCUCAAGGUUCCUUGAGCUACAAGAAAUGCAAAACCCUACCAAGCUACUCAUAGAAAGACAGCCAUGGCAGGUCAACGACAUCGCCAUUCCUCACCCAACUUAUUUCCAUCCGCGAACAGAUGAUGAUAUCACCCGCUGGCAGAUCAAGAUCAUGAGUAAACUUCGCCGGAAUCUAGUAAGCUUCGCGGGAGGUGCAAGACCCGAUAACCCUAAUAACAUCCGAUCAACGCUAAUCGAGCAAUGCAUAUCUUCCAACCAAUGUCGGUUCUUAAAUUGUACAAACGAAAGCUGCACGAAUCCCAAGAAUGUCCUUGAUUUGUUUCAAGAUUCAGAGUUUUGUCUGCAGCCGCCUGGAGAUAGUGCAACAAGGAGAUCAGUAUUUGAUUCACUAAUCUCCGGCUGCAUUCCGGUGAUCUUUACUCCGUACACAGCUUAUUACCAGUACGCGUGGCAUCUUCCUGAGGAUCAUCGGAAGUACUCAGUGUAUAUAAGCGAACAAGAUGUGAAGGAAAAGAGAGUAAAUGUGGUGGAGAUAUUGAAGGCAAAGACUCUAAAGGAGAAAAAGGAUAUGAAAAGUUACAUAGUUCAACAGCUUUUGCCUGGAUUGGUAUAUGGAGACUCCAAUGCUAAGUUUGAAAAGUUUCGAGAUGCUUUUGAUAUUACUUUUGAUUGUUUACUUAAGAAAAUCAACAGGUCAGUGGUAUAA